CUUCUUUUUUUUCGUUUUCCUUCAUCUCCAAGUGUUCUGUGCCUCUUAUACGUUGAAAAAAGGUUGUGUAUACACUGGGAUACGCCGUUAGAAGCCAAAUGGCUUCGUUUACGUGCACUAUAAUUAUGUUGCCAGAACGGAUAUAAGAAAGAGUACAACGACAGUGUUUCCACGGAUUCGUCGGGCAUUCCUUCUCUCCUUUGCCAGUCCUUCGUGGACUGUCGCGAGUGAUCACAGUGUUACCCAUUACACGUGGAGAGUACUACUUGUGCAGACAAAUAGGGUGAACAUUUUUUUAAGAUGCUGACUUCGAGUACGAAUCAGUACCUCCGUCCGGAAUAUCUUACGCCUCUACCUACUACGCUGGAUGCAAAGAAGAGUCCACUUGCACUGCUCGCACAGACUUGCAGCCAAAUAGGAGUCGACACGCCGUCCAAUAAAUCUCUGUUGGGUUCGUUGGACAAAGGUUCGGCGAACAAAUCGUCCAAGUCAUCUGAUCCUUCGCGCGAGAAAUCGUCACCUGUGAUCACAGGCGUCGCAUCAACCACCACGGAGUCCAGCAAAACCAACUUCAAGCCGUACGAGUCGUGUUUGGGUCGCGAGAAGGCGUCGAGCCCAGAUGAGCAGCGAUCGGCCUCUAGUCAUUCGUCGUCCGGCCGAUCGAGAACACCUGGUAGCAAUAACAAACGAUGCCCGAGUAAUCAGAGUGCCUCUUCGGUUCGAGUAGUGACGCCACAAGGACGAAAAACUGCAACGCCGAAUGGCGACGUAGCUCGCGAAUCUCCCUCCGCGAGGAUGUCUGCGGCAAAUCUUUCUUCAACUUCGCUCGAAUCCUCUUCUCAACCUGUUGUAGUGAGCAGUCCGUCGUUGCAACAGUCGAAGCCAUCCUACAGUCCAGCCGGUGUGCUAGCGAUGACGGAUCCGUCCAUCAAGGAUCUUCCCCUAGGAACGUUCAAACCUGGAGUUAGUUUAGCCUCGACGAGCUCCGGUUACCUGGGCUACACUCCACAGUUACCGAUCGACGUGAUGGCGAGUUGUUUAGUAUCACAGCAACAGGCAUCACUGAAGAAUGGCUUGGUAGCUGGGAAUCCGUAUUUAAGCUACUCGAGGAUCUGCAGGGAUCCAUACUGCACCGGUUGUCAGCUAUUGGCUAAUAGAAAGUUAGAAAGCAGCGGGACGAGCAGCACAGCAUCAGUGGCCUCUUGCCCUGCAGGCUGUGCUCAGUGCGAUCACAAGGCCCCUGGCUCGGCAGCGGGCUACGGUGCGCUGGGUAUAGCCGCGUACGCGCAUGCGCAGUUAGCUGCUCUGGCAGCAGCGUCGCAGCUUCCGUACGUUUGCAAUUGGAUCGCUGGCGACACCGCUUACUGUGGCAAGAGGUUCUCGACAUCGGAUGAAUUGCUGCAGCAUCUAAGGAGUCACACGAACAUGUCGAACAACGGGCCAACAGAUCCCACGCCAACCGCGUUGUCACUGUUGUCGCCUUCCGUUGGUCUACCACCGACGCAUCCUUUGUUCUCAAGAACUUAUCCAACACCACCCCUGAGCCCGCUUGCGACCGCGCGUUAUCACCCUUACGGGAAACCUUCGCCGUUGUUGCCACCAUCUUUGUCGUCGUUGGGUUUACCGUUGCCGCCAACGCAUCCGCAUACAGCCGCAGGAUUACCACCGUAUUUUUCUCCGUACUCGCUGUACGGUGCCCCACGCCUCGGCGCCGCGUCUGGCCUGCCUCAAUGAGGCAACAGCCUCGAAGCUUUUACCGAUCGGGCCUGUCGAAAAAUAUCAAUUGUUCAACUGUGAUCCAUGUAAAAGUAUGGGAUAUACUUAUAUAUGCGUAAAUAGCAGAGAAAACACGCGAAAUGGCAUUGUAACCUCGCUAAAGUAACCCUCGUAAUCUCGUUAAACGAACAUAUUGCUUUUUCUUGAUCUUGUAGCGUCAUCCGUAAUAAGGAAAUU